GCCGGAAGGGUAGUAAGAAAACCAGGACCCAGGACUAGGCAGGUAGCAGCAGCAGCAGCAGUAGUAGCAGCCAAAUUCACAAAAGAUAGAAAAAAACAGAGUUGAAAACAAGAGAAAGGUCUCCCGGUCGUGACCUUUGACCUUCGACCUAGCCGUGAGUUACGAGCGUCCCCGGAUCCCGAGGAGAACCAUCAAGAUCAUCAGGAUUAUUCGCUCCUCUCGACCAGGAAGAAGUGUGUGCACAAAAGUGAUCGUGAUCGCAAAUAGAGAAGGAGAAACGAACGAAAAAAAGGAUCAUCGUCCACGAGGACUUCUCUCUCCGUCCACACCCACGUUUAUCCUUCUCUCUCUCUCUGUCUCUAUCUCGUGCGCGUUGUCCGUUUCGAGGACCGGAAACGCGCACUUAACUAACGCCGGUGCCGCUCUUCAUCGUCGCGAGUGCUGGAAGCCGAGAUACUGAUGAAAGACUGAUUUUCUUUUUUGCGUUGCGUAUUCAGAAACGGUUUUUAAAGCAUUUAGAGUGAGACUUUUUCAAUCUUCCGCUUUCUUUUUUCUCUUUCUCUUCGUCUCUCGCUGGUUCUUGGGGCGUCGUCUUUGUUCUCUCGUCGUAGUUGUCUUCUCGUCCUCGCAGCGAUAUGGGCGGAUGUACUUCGAAGGAUACCACGUCGGGCGAUGACAAAAAGAGCAACAACAUGGUGGACGCAGCGGUUCUGGACAAGCUGGAGUCCGGCUAUGCCAAGCUGGCGGAAUCCGACAGCAAGUCGUUGUUGAAGAAACACUUGACGAAGGAGGUCUUCGAUCAGCUCAAGACCAGGAAGACCUCGUUCGGCUCUACUCUCCUGGACGUCAUCCAAUCCGGUUUAGAGAACCAUGAUUCCGGCGUCGGCAUCUACGCGCCCGACGCCGAGGCGUACACAGUCUUCGCUGAGAUCUUCGAUCCCAUCAUCGACGAUUAUCAUGGCGGCUUCAAGAAGACGGACAAACAUCCGCCCAAGGACUUUGGCGACGUCGAUUCCUUCGGCAAUCUCGAUCCUACCGGCGAGUACAUCGUGUCGACUCGCGUACGAUGCGGCCGCUCUUUAGAUGGUUAUCCGUUCAACCCAUGCCUGACCGAGGCCCAGUAUAAAGAGAUGGAGGAGAAAGUAUCUAGCACGCUGUCCGGUCUCGCCGGCGAACUGAAGGGUACUUUUUACCCGCUCACUGGCAUGAGCAAGGAGGUGCAACAGAAACUGAUCGACGAUCACUUCCUCUUCAAGGAGGGCGAUCGUUUCCUUCAAGCGGCGAAUGCCUGCCGUUUCUGGCCGACCGGACGCGGCAUUUUCCACAACGAUGCUAAGACCUUCUUGGUCUGGUGCAACGAGGAGGACCAUCUCCGCAUCAUUUCCAUGCAGAUGGGCGGUGAUCUCGGACAGGUAUACCGGCGCUUGGUGACGGCGGUGAACGAGAUCGAAAAGCGGGUGCCGUUCUCGCACAACGAUCGCUUCGGCUUCCUGACCUUCUGUCCGACGAACUUGGGAACGACGGUGCGCGCUUCGGUGCAUAUCAAGGUGCCGAAACUCGCGGCGAACAAGGAGAAGCUCGAGGAAGUCGCGGCCAAGUACAAUCUGCAGGUGCGCGGCACCCGGGGCGAGCAUACCGAGGCCGAAGGCGGCAUCUACGAUAUCUCCAACAAGCGCCGUCUCGGCCUCACCGAGUACCAAGCUGUGAAGGAGAUGAACGACGGCAUCGCCGAGCUCAUCAAGCUCGAGGCCAGCCUCUAAAAAACUCAACCCCCGCCCCCACCCUCG